CGCCCGAGCACAGCCGAGCGCCCGCCGAGCCCGUCCGCCGCCGCCAUGGCCACCACGGUGACCUGCACCCGCUUCACCGACGAGUACCAGCUCUACGAGGAUAUUGGCAAGGGGGCUUUCUCUGUGGUUCGACGCUGUGUCAAACUCUGCACUGGCCAUGAGUAUGCAGCCAAGAUCAUCAACACCAAGAAGCUGUCAGCCAGAGAUCACCAGAAACUGGAGAGAGAGGCUCGGAUCUGCCGCUUGCUGAAGCAUUCCAACAUUGUGCGUCUCCAUGACAGCAUCUCUGAGGAGGGUUUCCACUACCUGGUCUUUGAUCUGGUCACUGGUGGGGAGCUCUUUGAAGACAUUGUAGCAAGAGAAUACUACAGCGAGGCUGAUGCCAGUCACUGCAUCCAGCAGAUCCUGGAGGCUGUUCUCCACUGUCACCAGAUGGGGGUCGUCCACAGAGACCUUAAGCCCGAGAACCUGCUCCUGGCCAGCAAGUGCAAAGGGGCCGCCGUGAAGCUGGCAGACUUCGGCCUGGCAAUCGAGGUGCAGGGGGACCAGCAGGCAUGGUUUGGGUUUGCCGGCACACCAGGCUACCUGUCCCCUGAGGUUUUGCGGAAGGAGGCAUAUGGCAAGCCUGUGGACAUCUGGGCGUGUGGGGUGAUCCUGUACAUCCUGUUGGUGGGCUAUCCACCGUUCUGGGACGAGGACCAGCACAAGCUGUACCAGCAGAUCAAGGCUGGGGCCUAUGACUUCCCAUCCCCUGAGUGGGACACUGUCACCCCUGAGGCCAAAAACCUCAUCAAUCAGAUGCUGACCAUUAACCCCGCCAAGCGCAUCACUGCCCACGAGGCCCUGAAGCACCCAUGGGUCUGCCAACGCUCCACAGUGGCCUCCAUGAUGCACAGACAAGAGACUGUGGAAUGUCUGAAGAAAUUCAAUGCCAGGAGGAAGCUCAAGGGGGCCAUUCUCACCACCAUGCUGGCCACCAGGAAUUUCUCAGUGGGCAGACAGACCACCGCUCCGGCCACCAUGUCCACCGCGGCCUCCGGCACCACCAUGGGGCUGGUGGAACAAGCCAAGAGUCUACUCAACAAGAAGGCAGAUGGAGUCAAGCCCCAGUCAAACAGCACCAAAAACAGUUCGGCUAUCACCAGCCCCAAAGGAUCGCUCCCUCCAGCAGCCCUGGAGCCUCAAACCACCGUUAUCCAUAACCCAGUGGACGGGAUUAAGGAGUCUUCUGAUAGCACCAACACAACCAUAGAGGACGAAGAUGCCAAAGCCCCCAGGGUCCCUGAUGUCCUGAGUUUGGUGAGGAGGGGCUCAGGAGCCCCAGAAGCUGAGGGGCCUUUGCCCUGCCCAUCUCCUGCUCCCAUUAGCCCCCUGCCAACCCCGUCCCAGCCCCCUAGGCUCCUGCACUGGGAUUUUGCAUGCCUCACUUCUGGGCGAGCCUGGACAGCUCCUUCUGCUGGUCUGUCGGGAUGCUGCCUUAACCCGCCUUCCUGCUCAAGGCCACUGGACAGCCUAGGAGACCUGAAGAAUCAGGCCUUGACACCACUGCCUCCAGCACCCAGGAUCUCUGACAUCCUGAACUCGGUGAGAAGGGGCUCAGGAACCCCAGAAGUCGAGGGCCCCCUUUCAGCGGGGCCCCCACCCUGCCUGUCUUCGGGUCUCCUAGGCCCCCUGCCCACCCCGUCCCCCAGGAUCUCUGACAUCCUCAACUCAGUGAGGAGGGGCUCAGGGACCCCAGAAGCCGAGGGCCCUUUGCCAGUGGGACCCCCAUCUUGCCCAUCUCCGACUCUCCCUGGCCCCCUGCCCACCCCAUCCCGGAAGCAAGAGAUCAUCAAGACCACAGAGCAGCUCAUCGAGGCUGUCAACAAUGGGGACUUUGAGGCCUACGCGAAAAUCUGUGACCCAGGCCUGACUUCAUUUGAGCCUGAAGCUUUGGGCAACCUGGUUGAAGGAAUGGACUUCCACAGAUUCUACUUUGAGAAUCUGCUGGCGAAGAACAGCAAACCGAUCCAUACAACCAUCCUGAACCCACACGUGCACGUCAUUGGCGAGGACGCAGCCUGCAUUGCCUAUAUCCGCCUCACGCAGUACAUCGACGGGCAGGGCCGGCCCCGGACCAGCCAGUCGGAAGAGACACGUGUGUGGCACCGCCGGGAUGGCAAGUGGCAGAACGUGCAUUUCCACUGCUCCGGUGCACCCGUAGCCCCGCUGCAGUGAGAUGGCCAAGCCUUAGGUCCCCGGGGCCAGAGUGGCAAGCUGAGGAAGGUGACCCGACCCUUGUUGCAGAGCUGCGCCUGGUUUCACCGGACAGAGUUGGUGUUUGGAGCCUGGCUGCCCUCGGGCGCACGGCCUGCCUGUCGCAUGUUUGUGUCUGCCUCGUCCCCUCCCCUGGUGCCUGUGUCUGCAGAAAAACAAGACCAGAUGUGAUUCGUUUUUAAAAAUAAGAUGACGACGACAACCACAUACACACAAAAAAUCGGAUGAAAUGGAAAAAAGCAAACUAAAGGAAAAAGCUGUAAAAAAAAAAAAUCUGGCAUUUGUGGGGCUUUCCCCCACCCCCACCCAAGCUCCACGUGUGUCCAUUGCUCUCUGGCCUUGGGGGACCCUCGGGGCAUCAACAUACCCACAAGCCCCCACUUGCGUGCUGAACGGUUAGUCUGUAGGUUUUGCACUCACCCCACACCUCAGGCGUCUGCAUCCUCCUGCCAACGCAUGGGCCCUGUGUGUGCUUGCCUGGCUGACCGGGCGAUCAGGUGUCUUGGGGAGGGAUGUGGGGCUGCCUCCUUCCCUGCUAGUUGUGCCUGAGCGUCACUGCUGUUCCUGAGUUACUUUCCUUCCCUCAUCUCGUGAAGGGCUGGGUGUGGGCUCCCUCACUGUGGACCCAUUAUCCAGCAUGGACCGUUUCACACCCCUGGGACUGGGCAGAAAAUGGCUGCCUUCUCCCUCCCCAAAGGCCAUAGAAAAACCCUCAAGCACUCUGAGCUCCAGUUCUUUGGUCCUUUGGGAGUAAGGUGUGGAGGGGUACAACUUGUCUACAGGCCCUGUGCCUGGCAAGAGCUGGCCAAGAGGACAUUUGUCUGCAGCUCCAACUAGCACAGCCAUGGAGAGGGAACUGGCUAGAGGCUAGCCUCCUUCCUGACUGGGGGCUUGUCCCUUCCCUGCCAGCCAGCAGCAAAGCAAUGUGGCCCACACCCUGUCUUGCCAACUCCUCCUCCCUGUGCAGCCAGGAUCAGUCUGCCGAGGAUGGUGAGCCUCCAGUGCUCAGUGGCUGCAGGGAGUGGCCAGGCUGCAUCUGGAGUGCUUGCAGAGAUUGGGGUCUGGGUCUGGGGAUGUGUCUGGGCAAUGCAGCAAGUGGUAAAGACAGGUCAGAAAGCAGGAGCCUGUGCUUCUGAAGAGGGAGGAGCCUUGCAGGUGUCUGCUAGAGUUGUAGCACUUUCAAAACCUGGGCCUUGAGGUAAAAGCCAUGGUGAGAGCCAGCCAGGGGCGCAUGGGAGAACAAGGAUGUUUGGGGAUACAGGGUGAAGCCCUUCUAGGAAGGCUAGGAAGACAGCCUAGAGAAAAGGAACGCUAAGGCAGAGCUGUGUGGGUAUGAGGCCUAAACACCAGUAGGAAGAAGGGAGGGUUGGAUCUGGAUGUUAUGCUGCCUCCAGGGCACGGGCGGUGCUCCAGGCCUGGGCUACCUGGGCUUGCUGUGAGUGGUUUGGGUCCCCCUUGAUGGCACCAUGGGAAGGCAGGGCCGUCCCAAGUGCAGUUGGGUGGGGGAGGGGAGGCUGGAGUUGGGUAGGGGCCACCAAGAACCUUACUUGCAGGUGUUCAGAGGCCUCCACCCUGGUGUUACCCACUUGCAAUUCAUGUUUUCAACAAGAAUUUUCUUUUAUCUUUCCCCCCAAGCCAAGCCAAGGGAGGGGCAUAGAGUGGGAAACAGGAUACCAGAGCCUAAAAUCCAAAGGGACUGUCCACCCAUGGACAUUCAGAGUGGACAUCACCUUUUGUCCACACUGCCUGGGACAGCUGUCCCUAUCCAUGGACACAGGGUAAACAUCUGCCAGGCUCUGCACAAGUGGCUCCAGUGGCCACUGGACAGCGGCCAGGCUUGCCACCGACAAUGUGUGGCUCCAUGGCUGGUACCCUGGCCUCCUGCGACCUCCUCCUCUCCUCUCCACUCACCUUGUUAAAUCCACGGAGCUGCCUGUCUGGGAUAAUUCACUGGGUUUUUUUUGUUGUUGUUUUGUUUUUUGUUUUUUCCUGGGGGAUAAUUCUUUUGCAUGACCCUCUCUUAAGAGCAGGCCACUCCUGCUCUGCUAGCUAGGUGUUCACGGGUGGGGCGUUGGCCAGGCCAGCACAGUGGUGCUGGUGGCCUUCUCUCUUCUUUUUGCUGAGUUUCAUUGUCUUUUCUUUCUGAGCCUUGUAGGUGUAUAAAAAUUAUUCUUAUUUUGUUCUGUCUCGGGAAACUGCAAAUAAAAGAAAAACAGGACAAACUGCUUCAGGCGCAGCUGGGUGCUUUAUGCUAGGUCCUUGCCGAUCCCCCUACGACCCAAAGCCCUGCCCACCCCCUGUCCCAGACCUGGUUCAAGCCCAACCCUUGAUGGAGAGUGGGGGGGGGGGGGGAAGAUAUAGGGGCCUCUAGGAUGCCCACCAGCUCUCCCCACUCCUUCAUAUUGUCCUCUCAAGUCUUCGGGGCCCUAGCCUGCCCACCCUGGAUGCUGGGAUCAAAACUGGCUUCCAGCCCCAAUGGCACGACCUCUCCAGUCAUCCCCUUGGCCUGUAAGUUCAGUAGGUAAUGAGGCCAGAAAGAAUCCUUUCUAAGCAGGAAGGAGUUACAGGACCAGGCUUUCCUUUCACCACCCCCCUAUUUGACACAUGUUGGCAGUUCUGGACAUGAGGACAUGUAUCCAGAACCACCAGGCCUGUUCCCAUGCACUAUGCAGAUAGACACACUAGUGAUAGCACCUUUGCACAGAGGCUAUCAC